CAUACAUUUGUCAUUCCAAUUUGAUUAUAUUACAGAAGUGCCAACUCAAGGCAGAGAAUCUUCAAUAUGUAUUGUGGUCAAAUGAAUCAAGGAACCAUUUUUCCAGCAACAGACUUUAACCCUGCUGAAGAUGCAGAAGUUUUGUUCUCAGCACUACAAGGAAUGGAAUGCAAUAAAGAUGAUCUUAUUGAAAUUUUGACCCAGUGCUGUAAUGCCCAACGGCUCAUUAUUGCUCAGAUCUACAGUGGUUCAUAUGGACAGGAUCUGGUCACUGAACUUAAGGAGAAAUUGUCUGACCAUUUCAAAGAGGUGAUGGUGGGUCUGAUGUAUCCACCAGCUUUUUUUGACGCUCAUGAACUGCGGCAUGCUAUGAAGGGUGUGGGCACAGAUGAAAACUGUUUAAUUGAGAUUCUUGCCUCAAGAACCAACAGUGAGAUCUACGCAAUCAAUGAAGUCUACAUGAUGCAAUUUGGUGUACCACUUCAAGAGGAUAUUGAUUCAGAAACAUCUGGGCACUUCAGGGAUGCCCUAAUGAUACUUGCACAGGGAGCCAGAGAAGAGGGAUAUGAAUAUGAGGAUCAAGCCAUGGCUGCAGAAGAUGCUACGAUCCUUUGGGAUGCAUGCCAAGGCAAAUCGGGGGAGCAUAAAACGAUGCUGCAAGAUAUCCUGUGUAGAAAGAGCUAUCAGCAAUUGUGGAUGGCUUUUCAACAAUUCCAACUUGCAUCUGGCCAAGAUAUUGUGGAUGUAAUCACAGACUGCUAUGAUGGACACUUCCAGCAAUUACUCAUUGCAAUUAUUCUGUGUGUCAGGGACAAAGCUUCCUAUUUCGCAUACAAGCUCAACAGUGCAAUAUAUGAAUUUGGCUUUCACAACAAAACAGUUAUAAGAAUCUUGAUUUCAAGAAGUGAACUGGAUCUGAUGAAUAUCAAAAGAAAUUACAAGGAGCGAUAUGGGCAUUCCCUACACCAUGAUAUCAGGCAAUAUGCAUCAGGACACUAUGAGGCAGCUCUCUCGGCAAUUUGUACUGGUGAUGCUGAAGAUUAUUAAAUGAAGAAAGACAGUAAAAGUUCUGAAAUCUCAAAAUCCAAGCCCACUUCAAUCUUUAAUAGAGAUUGAAGAGUCAAAUUAUUUUCUUAGAACAUUACAAUAAACUACACAAGGCUAAUCAGUUAUAAUAGACAUUCUUUUGUUGAUCAAUAGAGCAUCUAGAAAGAGAAAAGUACUCCAACACAUUUUAAAAUUGUACCUUAAGAUGCAAUUGCUUAGUUAAUUGAGAAUAAUUCUCAUACUGCAACAUAAGAUCAGCAGUAACAUUUCAACAUUCACUGCUAUGAUCAAUUUAGUGUGUGCCAUCUAUGAGAUGCGCUACAAGAAUUCACCAAGGCUCCCUACACAGCACCUUCCAAACCCACAACCUCCACCACCAAGAAGAGCAAGGUCAGCAGAUACAUAGGGACACAAUCACCUGCAAGUCCCACUUUAAGCCACACACCAUCCUGAUUUGCAACUAUAUUACUGCUCCUUCACUACUACUGUAUCAAAAUCUUGGGAAUUCAUCCGUAAAAGCCAUGUGAAUGUGCAUAAACUACAUGGCCUGCAGCAGUUCAAGAUGCCAGCUCAGCUUCUCAAGGACAAUAUGGAUGAGCAAUAAAUAUUGACCUAGCCAGCAACAUCUAUCCAUAAGUAGUGAAUGAAUACAAAAAAAACAAUGGCUUAUAAUACAAUGGCUUAAGAUAUUGUAGCAAUUUUUAAAAUGUGUAACAUUUUUAAAAUUGCAAUAUCAAAGAAACUGUAAUGAAAAUUUCCCUGUUCUUAUCUCAAAUGUGGCCACAGAAUUCUUAAUGAAUGUAAGGGUUCCGGAUUAUUCAUUCUGAACAACAGAGUAUAUUACCAAAAGGUUCUGAAAUCUGCUACAGUGCCUUGAUUGCCUUUCUUUUUUGCGCUGGUACCUUUGUAGAUCUAGUUACUUAGCUGUUUUAACAAAAACAAUGUAAUGGCUGCAACAAAGUAAAAAACAAUUGCUCUUCAAUUGCUUGCAAGACAUUUCUUUGCUGUUCUGCAAAUAAAUUAUAAAAACUUUAUAUUGUAAAUGCAAAACAUUUUGCAUAAAAGAUUCAGUAACAUUUAUGUCAUCAACCAAUUAUGAAUCAAGAAAAUAUCCGUCAUUGAUGGAGUACAAUGACCAGGUUCGUUUUGUAGACUCUAAGAUUAAGGAUAUCAGGAGAAAUAUCUUUACUGAGGAGGUGUUAGAACAUGGAGUGCCAUGAAGAGUGGUUGAAAUAGAGAUUUUAGGGAAGUUAUUAAGAAGAAGGGGAAGAUAAAAGACUAAAGGGAAAGAACAGGAGGUUUUGAUUUUGAUUGCUUCAGCAAAGAGCUGUCAUAGGGUGAUAGCUUCCUUCUGUGCUGGUAAAUUUCUAUGUUUCUGUGUGAUUCAUUUCAAUUCUGGAAGUUGCACAUCUGCAGAAAAUACUUCAAUUUUCCUGCUUAGCUGCUCAGCAAAGACAGAAACUUCAUAAUAAUAAAACCUCCACUUUGUUAAGUACUUUUUGUGGAUUUAAAAGCACAAUACUUUUGAGAUCAUGUAGCUAAUCUAGUUGGUUAGUUUCCAGAUUCAGAAGGCUUGGAACUUUGCAUCUUUCCUGAGUGAUACUGCGGUGUAGAUUAAAGAGAGACCCACACACAUCUUUGAGCGGCUCCAGAUACUUGUUAAUUAGUUAGGUUUAGAAAUAUGCGGAAGCAUAACAAGGUGUUGUCUGACUGAAGGAAAGUCAUCUGUCGGGUGCCAGGAUUAGUAAAGAUCAUUUAAAAGUAGUACUACCAUCACAAAGUAUUAUGCCAAGUUGCAUUGUGAAAUAUAUUUAUUUUAUCCGAAGUAUCUUAAAACUGAGAAUAGACUAUUUCAAUUAGGCAUUGUGCUGAAUGAGACUAACAUAUGCUCAACUGCAGGAAGCCAUGACUGACUUACACCUUGUGAACAGAGAGGGAACUAUAACAAACUACUCAGAUCUUGUAAUAUGCUACACUCCCUCCCCACUUAAUAAAAUUAUGCAUUAAAAUGUAAAAUAGUGCGUGUAUAUAAUAUCCAGAAUACAAUGAUUAAACUAACAUCAACAAAAUCUGACUUUUAA